UCCACAUCCCUCAUGGAACAACAAAAAAAAGAAACCCUAGUUCCUCCCUUCAAGCUACUUCCAUAUUUCCCAUAAACCAAAUGGAUUCCAUCACUGAAUUUGAAGGCCUCAACGCCCAACAAUUUGGAGGCUCCAGUGUUCCAAAUUUAGGUGGUGGGUCGUCGUCCUCUUCUUCUUCUUCUUCUUCUUCUUCAAACAGCCGCUAUGAGAAUCAAAAACGGCGAGAUUGGAACACAUUUUGCCAAUACCUGAAAAAUCACCGACCCCCACUUGCCCUUUCAAGGUGUAGUGGAGCUCAUGUUCUUGAAUUCCUUCGGUAUUUGGACCAAUUUGGUAAGACCAAAGUCCACACUCCGAUCUGCCCUUUCUACGGCCAUCCCAACCCUCCAGCCCCAUGUCCCUGCCCUCUACGCCAAGCAUGGGGCAGCCUGGAUGCUCUUAUUGGCCGCCUUCGUGCAGCCUUUGAAGAGAACGGUGGGAUGCCCGAAGCUAACCCUUUUGGUGCCCGUGCUAUUAGGCUUUAUCUUCGAGAGGUUCGUGAUGUGCAGUCUAAAGCAAGAGGAAUUAGCUAUGAGAAGAAGAAACGAAAGCGCCCUCAACAACAAAUCCUUCCACCUCCCACGGGAGCUUAAAUCCCAAAAACAAAACAUAAAAAAAAUUCAAACUUUAUAAUCAAGAAGCCAAUUAGAGGGUACCCUUCUUAUCUAAUUGCCCUUUCCUUCUAAUUAAUGCUCUUAAAUAUGCUUUUUUUCAAUCAAUUCUAGGGUUACUUCAAAUUUCCCUAAAUCACCUUACGUAAAACAAGAGGGAAUUUGAUGGUUUGAGACACUUUGUAAGUUUUUAAUG